GGUUAGUUGCCCCCACGAGCAACGAGCAUCAGACCGUUUUUAGACUGUUGAUUGACGACCAGGCACGCACAAAAGAGCUCUCAGCAAGGGAGGAGUGGCGUAGGAUAGCAUUAAUUUUUCUCACAGUAAAAAAAUGUCAGGUAUUUUUUUUGUGAUUUAUAGAUAUUUCGCCUGGAUUUAAACUGGAAAGGAUAAGGUGAGCGGUAGACUACGUAAGCGGGAGGCUAUGUUAUGUAGACAUAACGGUUCUUCUUCAUAAAUCGAUUAUAGGCUUGACGAAGCAAUGCAUGGAAAUAAUAGCCUAAUAAUAAUGUAGAUUUUCGAGAGUGAGUGAACAAUUGAAUGAUGUCCAUUUAGUAUUAUUUCUGUCGCUGUCAUGUUCUCCAAUUACAUGGGGUAGAAUGUCAGAUGAACCAGUCAACGUCAGCCUUCAAACUACACAACAUAGUUGAAAGGUGGACACGGUGAUACGUAACUUCUUGCUCUUUUGGAACAUGGUCUAAAUAAGAGAAUGAGAGGCCUACAAUGUUUAUUUUGUCGAUGUUCUCGCUCACCUGGGCAGAGACAGGCGCCCGUUAACUCUCCGUACAGUUCACUGUCGUUUUAAAGUGCUGAGGGUAUUCGCCAAUGUUGGCCUGCUCUUUGACUGCAAAUAACUCCAAACGGACAGGAACUGAUUUGAUGGUGUCGUAGAUCACUAAAAUGAUUUGAUAAUCAAGAAUUCAUCAGCUACACUGAAGAAGAAUUUGUCAUCCCACCGCUGUGGUAGCCUGUGUGAUACACAAGACACCAGAUGGCUAACAACGACUCGAUGCAAAGUGACCCAGGUGGGCUGUCACUGCUGGAGCAGCUGGGUCUGGACCAGAGCUCAGACUUCUCUGACUCCAGCAUUCAGCAGCGGCUGGACGGAGCGAGGGACCACAUCCGCCGGGAGAUCAGGAAGGAGCUGAAGAUCAAGGAAGGAGCAGAUAACCUGAGGAGAGCCACCACAGACAAGAAGAAUGCCCAGCAGGUGGACAGCCAGCUCCGCAGCUCCAACCGGAGACUGGACAGCCUGCACUCUAAGUUACAGGAGCUGGACGCUUACAUUGUGGUCAAAGGAGGGGACGACAACAACACAGAUGCCCCCAAGUCUCCCGGGACGCGCAGCCGCUCGGCCAAUCAGGACCGGAUCACGGCUCUGGAGCGCCAGCUCAACAUCGAGCUCAAGUGCAAACAGGGAGCAGAAAACAUGAUCCCCAUUUAUGCCAAUGGAGUCACCAAGGACAAGAAGAUGCAUCAGACGGCCCAGCAGAUGCUGCAGGACAGCAAGACCAAGAUCGACAUCAUCCGCAUGCAGAUCCGCAAGGCCAUGCAGGCCACUGAGCAGACUGAGGAUGUCCAGGGUAAGCCAGACACGUGUGGGGUGGAGCUGCGUGUGGAAGAGCUGUGGCAUCAUUACCGUGUGGAGCACGCCAUGGCUGAGGGAGCCAAGAACAUGCUGAGGCUGCUGGGAGUAGGGAAGGUCCAGGACAAGAAGGCCAUGUCAGAGGCCCAGUGUGGUCUGAGUGAGUCUUCACAGCGCUGUGACCUGCUGAGAGGCUCUCUGGAGCAGCGUUUGCUGGAGCUGACGGAUGACCACCCCAAGGCCUGCCUCAUCAAGGAAGAGCUGGUGCUGGCCUCCUCCUCAGCCUUCAGCUCCAGACACGGAACCCCCUAUGUACACAACCAGUACAGCACCCUCUGCAAGCCCUCCCCACUCACUGGUACCCUGCAGGUGCGUUUGCUGGGCUGUGUGGGGGUGUUGGAGGUGGUCCCGGGGCGCAGUAGAGGAACCCCGGUGGUCUUGCCUUGCUACAUCCCAGGGGACGGACGCUCCUUCAAACUCAGUGGUCUCUACAGCCGCAGCACCAGCAGCAUGAGCCUCAGGAUCCCCGGCAAGACCGACGAACUCUCCUCGGAGGUGAGUGCGGUGUUGAAGCUGGAGAACACAGUGGUGGGACAGACGUGCUGGAAGACAGUGGGAGAGCAGGCCUGGGACCAGACCUUCACUGUAGAACUGGAAAGAUCCAGGGAGAUGGAGAUAGCAGUGUACUGGAGGGACUACCGCUCCCUGUGUGCUCUCAAGUACCUGAAGCUGGAGGACUUCCUGGACAACCAGAGACACAAAGUUCAGCUGGAGCUAGAGCCUCAGGGCCUGCUGCUGGCAGAGGUAAUGUUCUUCAACCCAGUCAUAGAGAGAGGCCCAAGACUGCAGAGACAAAAGAAGGUUUUCUCCAAACAGCAUGGUAAAGCGUUCCUGCGUGCUCGUCAGAUGAAUGUUGACAUCGCCACCUGGGUCCGCCUACUGAGGAACGCCAUCCCUACUGGAAACAACGUCCCCAGCUACACCCCACACACACACUCACGCUCACAUUCUGGGUACUGUACACACACACACAGAUCGCCUUUCUCAUACCUCUUUAAUGCUUCAGACAGCAAGCACAACAUAUACUGUACAUGGGAAACUGUUGACUGGUGUUUCUGUGUGUUUCGUAGGGAGAUCUCAGUGGAGAAGCUGACUCUGGAGAGUGACUCUCCUCCGAGACCUGAGAUCAGGAGAGACGUUGUUGACACACCCCACCUGGAACAGCCUGUGAUCGAGCCCUUGUCCCCUCCGGACCUCGCCCAAGGGCGGCCAACCAGAACCCUAUCCACGAGUUCCUUGCGCAGACAGAGCAAAGGCCCUCUGUGUCUGCAGGACUUCAAGCUGAUUGCUGUGUUGGGCAGGGGACACUUUGGCAAAGUGUUGUUGUCGGAGUACAAGAGGACAGGCAGUGUGUUCGCUAUCAAAGCCCUGAAGAAGGGAGACAUUGUGGCGCGGGACGAAGUGGACAGUCUGAUGUGUGAGAAGCGUAUUUUUGAGACGGUGAACAGCUCCCACCAUCCCUUCCUGGUCAACCUGUUUGCAUGUUUCCAGACCCCAGAACACGUGUGCUUCGUCAUGGAGUACACGGCUGGGGGUGACCUCAUGAUGCACAUCCACGCAGACGUCUUUACAGAGCCCCGAGCCGUGUUCUACGCAGCCUGUGUGGUUUUGGGCCUGCAGUUUCUUCAUGACCAUAAGAUUGUGUACCGGGACCUUAAACUCGAUAACUUGUUGCUGGAUACACAGGGCUAUGUGAAGAUCGCAGACUUCGGGCUCUGCAAAGAGGGUAUGGGCUAUGGGGACAGGACCAGUACGUUCUGUGGUACUCCUGAGUUCCUGGCUCCAGAGGUUCUGACAGACACCUCCUACACCAGGGCAGUGGACUGGUGGGGCCUGGGUGUACUGGUGUAUGAGAUGCUGGUGGGAGAGUCUCCAUUCCCAGGUGAUGAUGAAGAGGAGGUGUUUGACAGCAUAGUGAAUGACGAGGUGCGCUACCCGCGCUUCCUCUCCACAGAGGCCAUCGGCAUCAUGAGACGGUUGUUGAGGAGGAACCCGGAUCGGCGCCUCGGUUCUGGUGAGAAAGAUGCAGAUGAUGUCAAGAAACAGCCUUUUUUUAGGGGUGUGGACUGGGAAGCGCUGCUGCAGAGGCGGCUCCCGCCCCCGUUCGUCCCCAACAUCAGGGGGAGGGAGGACGUCAGCAACUUUGACGAGGAGUUCACCGCCGAGACCCCCGCCCUCACGCCGCCCCGCGAACGCCGCACCCUCUCCCGCAAGGACCAGGACUGCUUCAAAGACUUUGACUACGUCUCUGACCUCUGCUAAGGGUCAAGGUCAGACUCUCCCUUUAGACUGUAAGAGGAGCUGACGUGGGACUCUCCACUGCGAGAGGGAUGUUACCAGGAGAGGCUUACUGCUGUUCUGUCUGAACUGUGAAGAGGCAGAAGAAAGUUACUGGAGGAUGUGAAUGCUGCUGCGGAGAUACAUUGUCAUCUACAUCUACUGACCUCUUAUGGAUUUCUGGAGGGCCUUUUAUAGGAUGAUACAUGAAGAUAAUCCGGGUGAUGUAACGCUCAGUGGAUGAGUGCUGGGGCACAGUGUCUGUGCAGCAUAGCAACAUUGGAACUGAGUGAAGUUUAUUUCCAUAUAGAAAGUAAUGGAGCCCACUUAAAAGAUUAAAUGGAUAUUCUCUGUAGAAGACAAUACAGUUCAAAUGGACCUCUCUCUAUUGCCUCUCUGCCUGCUAUCUUUCCUCUCCCUUUAUCGUUUGAGGCUGCUUACUGUUUCUGUUUGUAAAUUCUGAUCCUGCCUCAGUCUGUUCCCAUUGCUGUCAUCUGGAGUCCUGCACCUCUCAUAAAUCACCACAUGGGGGAGCCAUAGAAAAGGUAAAAAGUGUUCCAGAGAAAUUGAGAUGACCAAGGGGUGCAGAUUCAGUGUUUGACGAAUGCCAAGGGAUGCUAGUGAGGAUGAUGAGGGUGGAAGGAUGAGGGUUGAGGUGUUUUUCUGUGUUUGGGCUGGGUCCUCACCAUGUCAUGUUACCCCUCGUCUUCAAAAGGGAUACUCCUCUCCUCUCCCCGCUCUGUACGAGUUUUAUCCUCAAUCAUUUACAAUUAGUUUUCAAAUAGUUUUCUGUGAUUUUAGUUUAUUUUUGGUGUUUGAUUUGUCAAUCAUGCCGAUUAUUAUGUUUGGAAUUGUGACUUAGUAAAAAUGUGAACCCAAUGGACUGACUCACAGCUUUGUGACUUUUCAGCCCAAUUACCAUUCAGCCCGCUACAUUAGCAGGAAUUCUUUGAACUUUUCAAUAUUGUGAUAUAAAUGCUACAAUAUGAGUACAGUAGUGUAUGUUGUCUAUGGAUUGUCUCACACAAUCCAAACUACUAAAACUAAAGUUGUUUGUCAUCCA